UAUGUGUGUGUGUGUGUGUGCGUAUUUCAUUUCCUUCCUUUACUUUUCGUUUCAUUUCAUAUUCCUUUACAUCGAUCCACACUGAAAAGAAAACCAUGCAACCCGAUAACUCGCUGGACAAUUCUCACUUGUACCGGUUUCUCUCCGAGAACGGAGUUUUCAACGUUGGACCCUACGGUUUCCCGACGAUGCAAAGCAUGUGUAGUUCAUCCUCGUCGUCUUACCAUAAUUACCCCUUGGAAGGGUCUAUAAUUACGGAUAUGACACCACAGGAUAGAGCUCUUGCUGCUUUAAAGAAUCAUAAGGAAGCUGAGAAGAGAAGGAGAGAGAGAAUUAACUCUCAUCUAGAUAAGCUCAGGAGCCUCCUUCCUUGCAAUUCUAAGACCGACAAAGCUUCACUUCUAGCAAAAGUUGUUCAACGAGUGAGAGAACUCAAACAGCAGACAUCAGAAAUUCCAGGGCUCGAAACCUUCCCAUCAGAAACCGAUGAGAUCACUGUUCUUUCCGGUGAGUGUUCAAGCGAUGGACAGUUGAUCUUCAAGGCAUCUUUAUGCUGUGAAGAUCGCUCUGAUCUUUUGCCUGACCUCAUUGAGAUAUUGAAAUCCCUGCAUUUGAAGACGCUUAGAGCUGAAAUGGUAGCACUUGGAGGAAGAAUCAAGAACGUUCUUAUAGUUGCUGCCGAGAAAGAUCACAGCACUGAAUCAGUAAAUUUCUUGCAAACUGCACUCAAAUCUUUACUUGAACGAUCAAAUUCUAGUGAUCGCUUUAAAAGGAGAAGGGUAUUAGACCAUAAAUUAAUAAUGCAAUGACUAUUGUGUGCUUUCUUUCC